UACGUUACGUUAUACGCGGAGGACGCACUGCAAAACGCCCAGUUAGUUUGCGGAGCCGUUCUGUGGCCUCUGCUUUGCUAGAGUCAGUGAUGGAUGCAGAGGGUGUGGCAGGAGGCUACGAGCCCCUGUCUCGCUGGGGCCAUGUGUCUGUCUCUCUGCAAGGCAAGGUGUACAUGUGGGGAGGACGGACCAAGGAUUUCUCAGAGUCUCAACAGAGAAAGCUGGCCUCUUCAGUGGAGGUGUUUGACUGCCGCACAGAGACCUGGGUCACCAAGACAACCAGAGGAACUCCUCCCAAAGGACUCUACAAUUCAGCCUACACUCUUCAAGGUUCAUUUCCAGCAUUGACUCUAUCCACCUCCAUGCAACACUGUGUAUGUGUAUGGAGGUUGGGAUGGACAAAAGGCACACAAUUCUCUCUUCCAACUCAACCUCUCCACCUUUGAAUGGGCAGAGGUUAAAGCUGAGAACCCUGGCAGAGCUCCUACUGAAAUUAGUGGGUGUGGCCUCGUUGCCUGUGGGAACCGGAAACUGGCGUUGUUUGGUGGGUACGGAGCGAUAAAGGAGAAGAAGGAGAAGAAGAAGGCAAAGGCAAAAGUGGACGAGAGAUACUCUCUAGUCACGGUGGAAGAUGAGGUGGCGAAGCCAGCUGAACAGGAUGAGUCUGAACCAGUAGAAAAUGGAGGAGAAGAGCUGAAAGCCACGGAUGAUGAAAUGCAACAAAAAGUUGAAGACAACGGAACAAACAAUAUGACAGAACAAAACGCUAAAGACAGCACAAAAGAAGAAAAAGUUGAAAGCAGCACAAAAGAAGACAGCAAAACUGAACAAAAACUAAGAGAUCCCGGCAAAGAAGAAAAGGAUAACGUCAACGAAGCGGAGGAAAAGAGCAGAGAAAACGGUGACGACGACAAUACCAAAGAAAAGAGUUCUUUGAAUGGAGGAGAUGUCACAGAGAAUGGACUGGUUGAGUCGGUGAUGGCAGAAAUUGAAGAGAGGGAGCGGGCAGAGAGCAUAGGAGGGAUGGAAGGAGGUAAAGAUGAAGAAACGAAGAACAAAGAGGGUGAAGAAGUGGAUGCAGGCAGUGAGGGAGGAGAAGAUGGAAAGGAAGAGGGAGAGAGGGAGAAGGAUCGCGGGAGUGAAGGGUGUGGUGAAGACAGUGGAACAGUGGUUCAUGCGGAAGGGGAGGCAAAGACGACAAAAGAUGCCAAUGUCAAAAUAAUAGACGUUGUGAACGAACAUGUGAGUGAUAAGAGCCAGAAGGCCGUCGUCAUAAAAUUGCCAGCAGUCUCGUUCAGACUGCCUGACGAAGCAACCGGCACUGCGACUGGAGAGAGUGAGGGAGGAACGUCGGUGGACGAAACAGGGGAGAGAGUAGCUGCAGAGACCAGCACAGCAGUGUCCCAGCCAGCGGAACUGGAACAGCCGGCUAAUGUGGAGCAAACGGGAGGAGGUGAGAAAGAGGAAGAGGAAGAAGAGAAGGAAGACAUUGAAGAGUGCAAUACAACCAUCUCUGUCUACAAGAGGAGCCAAGAGGAUGUGAAGGGGUGGACUAAUGAAGUGAAGGUCUUUGACCUGGACACCAGAAUGUGGAGUUCUCAGCCCACAUCGGGCAGUCUCCCUCCUCCCAGUGUUGACUUCAGUUUCACCUCCCCCGACAAGAAGAAGGCGGUGGUGUUUGGAGGCUACCAGCCUCCCACUGGCAUCACUUACGACACAUUCCUCCUGGACAUGGAGACUUGGGUCUGGACCAAACUGUCAGGAGAGUCUGAAACAGUGUCGUCUCCCUCUCAGCGAAACCCCUCCCUCCUCUCCCACCCCUCUGCCAGAGACGGCCACUCAGCCUGUGUAAUUGAAGGAGCUCCCCGUCCCCUGAUGCUCGUUACCGGAGGCUGGGACGCCACAGAUCAGGCUACCAAUGACAUGUGGCUACUGGAUAUCAACUCUGGAUUAUGGAAACAGAUAAUGGGGGGCAAGGAGAUGGGUUGUCGGUUCUGGCAUACCACGUUGGUGUCCCAGUCCAGUUCCAGAAUGAGACAGCUCCUGACAUUCGGAGGCUGUCCUGGAGCUCCAGAGAGCCACACCACAGGCUCCUGGCCCAAGAUGGCUGACACUGUCCUCAUGGAGAUGGGGAAGAUCCCGAGUCUGCAGGGCCAGUUCUCUGGAGACGGUGAAGACAGAUGGAUCGUCGUGGACACCGUCACCAGAAAGGGUCUCGGAGACCCGGUGAGACGACUUCAAGAAACAGUCCUCCUCACAAGUUUCCGUGCCCAGCGGGCAGAGAGCCUCAUGAAAACCAUGAUAAAGAAGAUGUCGGCUCUGGGCGGGGCGACUCAGCAGAGGAAGGUCAGGGGGUCUGUAAGUGUCCCGACACCAGAGGAAGUGGUGGAGAAGAAGGAGGAAGAGGUCAAGCGGCCGUUCUGGCAGAAAGCGACGGAUGAGAUCCAGAUGACGUACGAGGAGAUCGGCCGAGGGAGGUUCUCUGUGGUGAAGGUCGCCAUUUUCCACGAGACGAGGGUUGCCGCUCGCUGUCUCUACACACGGAUCCAGUCAGAGAAAGAUCGACUGGUCUUCACCGAGUGCCUGGAGCUGGCCGCUCAGCUGCGACACCCCAACCUUGUGUCCUUCAUGGGAGCUGUCCUGGACCGUGAACCCGUCAUCAUCACUGAGCUGAUGAGCUGCAACCUGCGCUCGGUGCUGGAGAAGAGUGCCCUCACCUACUACCAGGUCGUCGACGUGGCAGAGGGAGUCUCAAAGGCUCUUCAGUACCUGCACUCGGUGAAGCCUCACCCUGUGGUCCACGGAGAGCUGACCAGCACCGGUGUUCUACUGGAGGCCGACCGCGGCCCUCGCAUGAAGGCUAAACUCUGCGACUACAUGACGGCAAAGUAUUUCCACCACCUCCUGACGUCUGCUGUGGCCCCAGCCACCAGCAUGGAGGAUGUGUUUGCCCACAGCAGAGAGCACCCUUCGCAGGAGUACAAGUCUCGUGUCGUCCGUCGCUCAAGCUCUCAUUCGAGAUCAGGUUCUCCACUGGACGCAGCCGACAGACCGAUGAGAAUCAGCCAGUUCAGAAAAACAAGCACAGUGUCUGGAAUAAGUCCAUUGGACGCCGGCACAUUCUCCACACAACGCGACGUCUACCUGUUUGGGAUUCUCGUGGUCGAGAUGGCAACUCGCACGGCAGUCCUGGAGGUUUCUCUGCAGUAUCUCAUUGAGAGCAUUGCAUGGGGCCAGGUGGCUGGGCUGGUGAAGAAAUGUCUGACUCACGACGUCGACGCACGGCCCGACAUGACUGAAGUCGUUUCUCACGUCAUGCAGCUAGCAUCCUCCAAACCAUGACACUCACCUCACCAAAACACUGCUUUUGUUUAGUGCUUCAAAAAAAAGAGAUUUUUUCCUUAUGACAAUAUAAAAAUACCUGCAACCUUGGCAUCUGAAAAUUAUAGUAAACUAA